UUAAAGCAUCAGGAAAGGCAUUAGAUGGACUCUUAUGACGAGUUAGUAAGGUUUUUACAAGGAAGAUAAGACAAAGUGCGUCAUAAGAUGGUGUCUAUAGAGUGUAGAGGAGAAAAACUAACAACGUACACAACACCAUUUAUAUUAAAACGAAUGUUAAUAUCUACCAAACCUGACCUAGCUCAAUCCAACUUAACCUAACCCAAUACAGCAUAACGUAUGAUAAUACACCCUAGAAUAACAAUAUAUAUAUACGGUUUUUAGCGAAGAGUAAAGGAGGGUUGGUGGUGUGGGAGAGGACCAUACCCCGGUGAGGGUAACUGCCACCACAACACUGCUCCACACCUGCUACACCUCACCCACCACCAGCAAUGGAGCACGAGGUCCUCAUUCAAGUUAGCCCCAAACACACAUACAAGCCUUCAUCUUUCAGAUGUUCCUUUAUGACCAAGUGGCGGAGAAGACCAACAGAUGAGUUAUCCAGUCUUCCUCUUCACACACUGGAACAGUUGAAAAAGGAAUUACAAACUAUAGUGCAGGAGGCUUCAGGAGAACUGGUUGGUCUUCUUCAGGAACGUCAAGGGCUGCAGGAAGAGGUCGACAUUCGUUCCAUUACUAUAGAACAGUUACUCAAGUUUGCAGAGAAACGACAACUCCAGCUGGGUGAACCUCUGGCAGUACAGAUGAGUGUUGUCAGAAACCAUUGUCAACAAACUAGUCCUGAAAGUGGGCUUGGCUAGAUUUGUGUGUUGUAGCUAAAUCUUGAACCUGUAGGCCAGUAUAAGACAAUUGUGUUCAGUUGACAUUUCUUUUAACUAGACAGAUUUGCUUCUUGUUUUUUUUCUGGUGUUUAGGAUAUUUAAGUUUCAAUUUGAAAUUUUGAACUAAACAAAUGCAUAUCAUGAACUAUAUUAAGGGGCAUAUUAAAGUUUGGUUACACUGUACGGGGUGUACUGUAUUUAGAAUUGGAAAAAUUCUAAACUAUUACCCUCUAAUUAUUUCAGUAUUAUAAAAUUUAAAAAGGAAAUAUUGUAGAAUACAGUACCUGGUUUAGUUGUAUUUUGGGUUGUGAUCAAUUUUUAAAAUUGUUUUCAAGUCACAGUUUCCAGUAUUAUUAUACAGCAUUGGAUGCCAUAUAGAAUUAUGGAAAAAUGACUUUAAACUGACAGUUAAAUUUCUUUAUUGUAGUACAAUGCCAGCAUGUCUGAGUAUUUCUACCAUGCCAGUUCUGGGAUGGGUGACGGGUACAAAUCAUAGUACAUAAUGUGUGCCCUCCAUUAUAAGACAUUUUAGAGUCCAAAGAUAAACAAUGAAAUUCUUACAUAAUUCUGAUUUUUUUUCUUCUAAUUUUCACACUGAUAGCUGCUUUGUGUGGAUGGUGUAAAUAUUUCAAUUACUUCAUCAAAAUUGUUAAUUAGUGAGUUUAAUAAGUUGUGAUUUUUUGUUAAUAUUGCUCUCAUAUCUACCUCUUGAAUGCAUUGAGUUAAACUUGACUGCUAGUUUGGUAAUAUGUAUUAUAAUAUACAACAUAAAGGCAGUUAUUACAUUAUAUUUUUGGUUAUGACUUAAAAUGGUUUUGCUUCCGUAUAUGAUCACUCCUCCUGGGUGUAUUAUGUCCCUUACAUAAUAUUACAAACCGUGCAGGAAAAUUAUAAUACACUUAUGAUACAGUACUUGCAUUGAAAUUGUGUAUCUCCCACUGUGAUUGUGUGCAAGGUGACGCUUGAUAUCUACCUGCUGUGAAUGUGGGGAAGGUGAUGCUGGAUAUCUUCCAUCCAGGAGGCCUGGUCGACGACCGGGCCGCGGGGACGCUAAGCCCCGGAAGCACCUCAAGGUAACCUCAAGGUAAGGUGACUUGAUAUCUAACUGCUGUGAAUGUGGGGAAGGUGAUGCUGGAUAUCUUCCCACUGUGAAUGUGAGGGUGAAGAUGCUGGAGCAGCUUUUGUUGUGAAUGUGAGGACAGUGAUGCUGGAGAUAAUGAUCAAGUGUCAUUAAUAUUCUGAACUUGAAACAUUUCAAUGACUCCAUUGUAAUAGUUCUCACUAAAUUAUUCUGAUCUUAUGGAAUAAUUUGUUUCUAGUGUCUUCAUUGUGUCUUGACCUCUUAGCAUAAUUUCCUCGCUUUGUCUGAAACUCUAAAAAAAUAUGUGCAGCUCCUCUAAGGUGAAUGCUCUCUGAAUAUAUUGAUAUUUAAACAUAAUUUAAAUUUUUCUAAUUUACCUAACAUUUUGUUUAUAUGCAUUGAUUAAAUGUUUAGGUUAUAUGUUUAGGUUAAAUAGCAUAAAAAUAUAAUGACGUCAGAAGUAGUGUAGGCUCUUAUUUGAAAUUCAGCCAUGAAUUUAAGCAUACAUAUUAAGUGUAUACAUAAUUAUGGUUUGGAUCUGGUGCAAUAUGAUUGUGCUUUACAGUUAUAUAUACAACAAAAUUUACAUACAUUAGUGAAUUGUGCUGCUUGCCCAUCAUAAUGUGAAUUCAUGCAGUAUAUGGAAUGAAGGAACUUUUGAAAAUGAGCAAAAGCAUAAACUAGUACUGUAUUUACCAUACUGUAUUCAGGUUGAUAAAUACAUUAAAUAUAUUGUAGUUUUUGUGGGUUUAAAUUCUGAAUUAUUUAAAUGAAUUGGUUAAUUGAUCAGCAGAAAUUUUAAAUUUUGUUUUAUUUCAGAUGGAUGGGCAAAUGUUUGAUUAAUUAUAAUUUAUUUGUGCAUGUAAUUUUAGUUGAUGGGCGUAUCUUCAUUUAUAGAGCUCUUGUGCAUGAUGUCACCACCACCACCUGUUGUAAUUAAGGAUUGUGUAGGUAGAAUAAAUUAAGUCCCUCAAUGCUAGUAUAAAGUCAUCAGUGUGGAUGUUCAUAAUGAAAUGUAUUGGUGGUUGUAUGAGAAUGACAGCGUGUCAUUACAGCAAAAACUGAACAGUAUAUAUGAUCUUGAUUAGGCUGAUGAACAUUACAUUCCAAAUUUUUAUUGUGGGUGUGGAUGGAGUAGAGUGUAUAGUUCAAUAUACUAUGUAUAUCGAAGUGAUCAAUAUACAUAGUGGGGACAUACUGUUCAAUAUUGUAAAGCUUGCUGUUGUCAUAUAGUAACAAAUUGUUUUGGCUAGGUCUACUGCUAUUCCUGAUGUAAGUUAGUGACAAUGAAAAGUGCAAUAUGUGCCGAUGACAACACUAAUGAGAUGCAAACGGGGGAAGAUUUUUACAAAGUGGGCAGGCAAAUUUUUGUUCUAGUUCAACCCCCAACAAGUGUAAGGUAAUGAUGAGAGAGAAGAACUGUAGGAAUAUAUACCAUGCAGAGUAGGCCUCUACUACAGGUAGUACUGUAUUGGAAUGAGAGGAAUUUGGGAAUAGGUACCAACACAAAGUACAUGUAUACUUAAUAACAUCAGCAAACAAAAGAGCAUUAAAAAUCCCAUAUGAGAACUUAAGUUCCCCGUAGUUCUUGCAGUUCUUGUUAAUUAUUAUACUAUGGGUACUCAUUACACCAUUGUAUCCUGAGAUGCUGGCCCGGGAUACUCUUGAUAGGCUAUAAUCGAAACAUCUCUAGUUUUUAUACUUUAUUGUUUAUAUGCACUGAACAGUGAGGCUGCAUGACAAGUCUCUCUAAAUCCACUAUCCCAACUUACCAAUAACACUUAACCUUAGCUGUAAAUACCUUAACUUGUCGAGGAUAGUGUGACUUGCUGGAAAAAGCUAAUUGCUUGAUUUCCAGCUUGUUUGGUUGACUUGUUGGCACUGGUAUAACUAAUUGUCUUUUUGAAAUUUCUGUUUAUGGAAAUGGUGGUGUGUUUGAAAAUUAAUGUAACCAAAUUAAAUAACAUGUUGAUUUUGUAAUGCUGUACCAAUAUUGAGAAAAAAGAAAGAAGAAAUUGAGAAAAAUUUGCUGUUAUGUAUAAAAGAAUAUCUAAAAUGACUAAUUCUCCAUGCAAAUAUUUCUUAAUAUUGUACAGACAUUAUCUAUUUUCAUGUAUAAUAUUGUGGUGAAUAUUAGUUAUAUUUUCACUGCUCACAUGCUCAACCAAAUGUGUAACAGCGAGUUUUAUAAUAUAAUAUGCCAGUUGAUAAUAGGUCUUGCUGCUCUCUUUUGGUUCCUGAUAAUUUAUUAGUGAUAGUGAAGUUUUGAAUAUAGCAUUCCUUUUCCAAAUGGGUCAUAAUUACGCAAGUCGGUUGUCGUUCUCCAUGCCAGAACCAUGGUUACAGCUUGUUAUUUAUGCAUGAAGCUGUUGACUGUGUAUAUAGACAGCACCAGCCGACCCCCACCUUUGCAAUGUGUACAUAUUUUGUAAAUAUGUUGCAGAGUGAGGUUAGUCCAAGGGUGUCCAUUGAAGUUGUCCUGGUUUGAUUUGAUCUGGAAACUGAAAAUAGGUGCUCUUUUUGUUGUGAUUAUUUUCUGCAAAAUGUAGAGGAUAAGUACUUUUAAAAGGAAGGAAAGUAGUUUAUUAUAAUGACAAAGCUGUGGCAUUUUAUGCAAUUGUUAUAGGAAAUAUUGCUGGAUUAAGUAUUGUUUGAAACUUUUGUCUUUAAUUCUGACUUCUUACCUUUCCAAAUGGUUGUGCGAGUCAUAUAGUGAAUACUGUGUGUAAUUCAUGAGUUUUUAAGCUAUAUGCUGUUUGCAUGAACAGAAGUACACCAUAGAUUAUCAUACAAUAGUUAUAUAUAAUGGGUUGUUUGUCAACUAGCUGAAAUGUAAUGAAUACAAAUGGGGAACUAUGUACAUUUUUAUCAAUAAUUAUUUUUUUCUGAACUAUAAUUUAACAUUGUAAUUAGUAAUGGGACAAUACUAAAUUUUUUAAUGAUUCUGAUUCCACAAAAGUCGAUUCCAAUACAAUUCUGGUUAUUUGAAAAAAUACAGAUGUUACUUAUUUUUUUUUAAAUUGUUGUACCAUAUUUCAGUUUGGAAAUUAACGAUUUACCUUAUGAGCUUGGGUCAUCCAGCUUAAUCAGAAGAUUAAUGAGGGCACCUGAAAAGUGAAAAAAUUUCAUUAUACAAACGAUGAGUCAAAAUAACCUGGCUGAAGAAAUGACGACCAAACCACAACUCAGAAGAUGGAGAAGUGACAACGUUUUGGUCCGUCCUGGACCAUUAUCAACCUUAUCAAGUUAAUAAUGGUCUAGGGCGGACCAAAACAACAUUGCUUCUCCAUCUUCCGAGUUGUGGUUUGGUCGUCUCAUUCCACUAUACAUGCGGAUAUAUGUAUAUAUGCUUUAAUUGUGUACUGUACAAUAAAAUAAGAUUUGCCAACUUGUUUCAAAUAAAAUUAAUAUGGCAAAACUAUCUCAAUUAAAGCAUAGGUAAUAUGUUUAUUUGUUUUUAGUCACAAGGUAAUCCUUAAUGUACAAAACAUCAGAAAAUAAGAAACAGUGAAAACAUUCCAUUACCAUCACAGGUGUAUUUGUUACAUAGAAUUUACAAUACAAUAACGUUUUUAAAUCUUUCAAUAUAAGUUCAAUUAUUAAAAAAUGAUAAUUUUUGAUUUGUACUGAAAAAGCAGUCUUUAACCUACAUAAUGCGAGUGUAAGUGAAUAAGAAAAUAUUUUUCAUACUGUAUUUAAAACUUAGGACUCUUAAAUUGUAAUGUCAAAUCAUUAGCAGACUCUUUUCAGUCUCUUUCUUUACCCAUUUAUCUUGUCUUCAAUUUGGCAUUUUGUCUUCCCUUUGUUUAUUUCUUUUUUCUUCUUUAACUCAGAAAAGCAUCUUUCAAAACUGAAGUUCUAACCUUAUUUUUAGUUAUCAUACUUUAAACAAUUUUAAUUAUUACCUGAAAUGAAAAAUAGUGAUACAGGUAUUAACUUUUAAAGAAUUGUUUUAAAAAUUGGAAAUCAUGGUAAAUUUGUCUAUUAUAAUACUGAUUCCAAUUACUGAGAAAUACUAGAUUCUUACAAUUUUAGAUACUAGUUCCGAUUGUCCCAUCACUAAGUAUAAUUACAUUUCUAUAAUGUUCAUUGCUGAUAAAAAUGUGUAUGGACUGCAUUUAGUGUUUUUGUAUGUUGCAGUUAGUGUGAACGAAGCAACUGUAUUGUGAGUGUGUAUAAGUGUGUAUAAUGUUAGCAACUACCCUUUCACUUUUUUUUUUGUCAAUCAUUAUGAUAUUUGCCUUUACUCUCAGAGUUAAAGUAUACCCCUUGAUGGUACCUGUUAUACCAGUAAUUUCAGGUGUGAAGUCAAUCGUACUCUUAUCAUAUACCAAUGCAAGACUGUGAUUGUGGGCAUUAAUGAUUUUUGUUACUUCAGAGUGAAGUGUAAGAUAUGUUUUAUUUGAAGUUGUUAUAACAGUGUGGCAUAUCAGCGUUCUUCAGGUUCACUUUGUUCUGAAUGUCAUGCUAAUCUUGUAGCUUUUCCCUGUGUUGCUAGUUAGUAAGAGUUAAAAUUGUGAACUUUUGAACAGUCAACUUUUAACUGUUAAAAAGAGUGCGUAUAUUGUACAGUAUUUUAUUCUUGUCAUGAUUUACAAAAGUAAGUUGAAAGUCUUGUGGAUGACAUAAAUCGACCUGGUGCUAGACAGUGCAGCAAAUGUUACCAAUUACACGACGGUGAGAACUCUCCAUAUGAUGCAUGUUCUGAUAAUCUGCAAUUAUUUUAUGAUUUCACUAAUUUAUUUUGUCAGUGUGCAUGCUUUCAAAAAUUAAAUAAAAUUAUGCUAAAAUUCCAGUAGUACAUUAGCUUGCAUCAUGCUUGUUUAGUUUAGUUUAGUUUUCAAAGUCAACAAUGCAGUAUACAGAAAAUCUGGUUUUGUAUCAUUUAAUUCUUUGUUACUAAUUAUUAUGUAUUUAAACUGUAAUGCAGAUUUGUUGUGUGAAUGCAUCUAUACUACAGCAGCAGUGUACAUUAAACACUUUACUAAUGAGAUUAAUUUCUCAUAAACCUUAUUAUUUUGUUACCUCAUAUAAUAUUACUUUGCUUUAAUUAGACUACAACAAUUGGAGAAUAUCAAUAUUCAACAUUA